CAGCUCCUCCCGCCGUCAUUCCUCUCUGACUUUGCCCUUCCCCUCAAAUACAACCGCCUGGACGGACGAACUGGAAAUUGCGCAGCGUGAGACUCAGAACGUCUCCUCUCUCUCUAUCUUUCUCGCCUUCUUCCCACGUCUCGAUUUCGAACGAAACCUCACAGAAAAGCGAGCAAGCAAGUCUGUCGGUUGUUGUCUUACCAGCAAACGAACCGGGGUAAAAAAGACUGCUGUUUCCAACCCAGAGGCGUCCGGAUUUCGGAUUGGCUCUGGAGCCAACUGCGUUCUUCGGUUCGCGACGGGAUAUUCCCUACUCUUCCGGAAACGGCGAUUCGAGAUCAGCCGUGCCGCACCUCUCUUACCCUCACGCUUAGGAAAUACCAACGACGACCUCUAAUCACCCCCGAUUGGCGAUUGGCGGCGCCUUUGUGCUCGGCUGCUGCUCAGCUGCUCCUGUCGUGUCUCUCUUUGCUGCGAUAUAAGUGGCCACUGCGGGGAUUGGAUUAAUUGACUAUCGUAUCGGGUUCCGUUGUCCGUUGCUGUUACUGUUGGCGUCGUUGUAGUCGUCAGGCCAGCAGCGUUGCGAAAAGAGAGGUUUGGUAGUAAAAGUGUAGGGGGUGCAGCAGGAAAGGAUUGGGUGAGAAGCCCGACGCGCGCGCGAGAAAGUUCCAGCAAAAAGUCGCCGGAUACAUGUUGCUGCACGGGGCCCAAUCUCCCUCCCAUGCGCUGGACUCCCACGCGCUGGAGCCGGAUCAGCAGCACCAGCAACAUCAACCGGCGAGACAGUUACGGCGCAAAAGAAAGGCUGAGUCCCAGGACAACGAACGUUUGUCCAAAAGACUCAGUCUGUUGAAUCUAGAGAAGAAUGGCCAGAAACUUUAUGUCCCGGUGGAGGAGCCGACUCCAUCGUCCGUGUCGCCAAACGCCGCUGUUCCCACAUCCUCGUCGACGGCCUCCACCUCUCCCACCAGCCAUCGCCGCCGUCGCCAUUGCAACCCACCACCUCCGCUAUCACCCGACGAGGAAGUGAUGCAGCUCGACGACACCAAGCACAAGGUCUACAUUUACAGCAUCGAUGACGAGCUCUCAUCCUCCGAGAGCGAGACCGACGACGGCAAGCUGGUCUUCCUGCCGGACAUUGAGAAGCACCUGCGCGCUACGCGCAUUCCACCCUCCAUUCUGGCCAACGAUCAAGGCGAGCUUGCCGGCAUGCAGGUGGUCUUGUACAACGAACCCACAUCCUUAACCAUUCCACGCGAGCAAGACAGCGUCCGCAAGGCCAUCGUCGAAUCCCGGGCCCGCAUGCGUGAGAGGCAGCGUCUCGAACGAGAGGGCAAAGGCACACCCGCCGUGCAGAUGCCGCCACCUUUUGUCCCUCAGCAACCCGUCGGCGCCCCCAUUCUCGAGUCCCAACAGCCGGUCAGCGCUAGUGUGCCCGGUUUUCUGACCCCGGCCGAGGCUUCGGCAUUCGUAGACUACGACCCUGACGCUAUGGACGUGGACUAGGGGGGCGAAGAAACAAGGCAAGUACUUUUAACAUAUUUUAUGACGAUACCCACGGCCGCUACGGAUAUCAACGAAUUGCUGCAGUCAAGAAAGAGAAGGAGAGCCCACGACGAUUCACGGCCCGGGUCAGUGACACGUUCCACUGGCAUGUAUAAUUUCUUAUCGAUU